AUGGCGCGCGCACACAGCCGGCAGUUGGAGCGGAAGAAGAGUCCACGGGCCUUCUCCCCACCGCCAGAGCCUGCCGCUGAGGAGCGCGCAGCCAUGGUCAUCCAGGGUGCCCUGCGGCAGCACCUGGCCAGGAGGGAGCUGGCCCGGCGCAGGCAGCGGCAGCAAGAGUACCAGGUGCAGAUGGAGAAGCUGCAGCGGGAGGCCUUCCUGGCCGUGGUGCGGCGGGAACAGGAGGCGGCCCGGCGGCGGCGCGAGCAGGAGGAGGCGGCGCAGCGCGAGCGGCAGGAGGAGCUGCAGCGCCGCCGUCGCCUGCUGGACGCGGCCUUCGACGGGGACGUGGCGGAGAUCCGCGCGGUGCUGGAGGAGGCGGAGCAGCUGCUGAGCCGCCAGGGCGUGGGUCGCGACGCCGAGGGCCAGGCGCAGCGGCUGCAGCGGCGCGUCGCCCUGGUGGAGUGCGAGGACCGCCACGGGAACACGCCGCUGUCCGAGGCGGCCGCGGGCGGGCAGCCCCGCGCCAUCCAGCUGCUGGCCGAGCUGGGCGCCAGCCCCAACAGCAAGGGCGCCUUCGGCCGGACGCCCCUGUACCGAGCGGCCUUCGCGGGGCAUCUGGAGGCCGUGGAGCUGCUCCUGAAGCUCGGGGCUGACCCCCGGGUCUACGCCGAUGACGGCAGCACCCCGGAACAGGUGGCCUCUCUGGAGGCGGUGGCCAGUGUGCUGCAGUCGUGGGACCUGAGUCUAACCGAGGCCAUGCUCCAGAACAUGGACGCAGAGCACCAGCGCAGGGUCCAGCAGGCGCGGGGGCAGCAGCAGGCGGAGGCCAGGCGCCUGACCCUCAGGGUGCAGCAGCUGGCCAAGGUGCAGCAGCGCUGCCAGCAGGAGCUGCAGCAAGCGUACUGUGAGCUGAGCUGCAGGAUUGCCGAGAGCGAGGCAGGCUGCGGCAGGUGCGUGGGCAGGACGGAGCUCAUGGCACAGGCCAUCAGGGACGCGGAGGCCCGCGUGGACGGGCUGAGGCAGGAGGCGCAGAAGGCAGAGGACGCGCUGGCCACGGCCAGGCUGGAGCUGCGGGAGGAGCCCCAGGAGGGGGAGGACACCGCUCCUGGACUGAGGUGCAGCGUGGCCGAGCUACACGACGUGCUCCUGAAGGACGUGGGCGACCGAAUCCGAGCUGACGGCCGGUGGCCUCUUGUCAUCGACCCCUCGGGCCAGGCGGCCACCUUCCUGCGCUACCAGGACACCAACUAUGUGGACGCCGUGAACCCGGAGCACAUGAGGCCCGAGAGGGUCCGGCUGGCACUGCUGGGGGCGCUCAGGUACGGGAAACCACUGGUCUUCGACCUGCGCGAGGUGGACCUGUUUGUGGCCGUGCGGCAGCAGCUGGAGGCCGUGCAGCCGGGGCUGGCAGGGGCACUGCUAAGCCGGGCACUCCUGCAGCAAGAGCGCUACCUGGGGCUGCUGCGGCCUGACGACGGCCCCGAGUACAGCCCCGCGCAGUUCCAGGAGGCGCGCCUGCAGCGCUUCCGUCUCCUGUUCGUCACCCAGGCCCGGUGGCCGCCGGCAGAGCAGCUGCGGGCACUGCUGCCCGUGCGCGUGCAGCUGCCUGGUGGGGGCCUCUAG